UGGCUCUGCGGGCGCCGGGCUUCUGCAGCGGGCGGCCGGGGCUACGCGCUCGGGACGCGCGGAAUGUGAGGCGCGGCGAGCCGCUGCGCACGGACGCUCGCGCGCGCGAAGGGCGGCGACCCCUCGGAGACGGUCGGCCGCGCCCGACUGUCCGCUGCGCGACGCGCGGGUCCGGGCUCUCGAGAGUCUUCGCGCGCCCUCGUGCCCUCCCGGUGCCCUCCAGCGCGCCGGCGGGACCAUGAAGAAGUUCUCUCGGAUGCCCAAGUCGGAGGGCAGCGGCGGCGGGGCGGCGGCUGGCGGGGCCGCGGGCGCCGGGCUCGGCGGCGGCUUCGCAAGCUCGUCCAUGGGGGUCCGGGUGUUCGCCGUCGGCCGCUACCAGGUCACCCUGGAGGAGUCGCUGGCCGAAGGUGGAUUCUCCACUGUUUUCCUGGUGCGGACUCACAAUGGGAUCCGAUGUGCACUGAAGCGAAUGUAUGUCAACAACACAUCUGACCUCAACAUUUGUAAAAGGGAAAUCACAAUUAUGAAAGAGCUAUCUGGCCACAAAAAUAUUGUUGGAUAUUUGGACUGUGCUGUCAAUUCAGUUAGUGAUAAUGUGUGGGAAGUGCUUAUCUUAAUGGAGUACUGUCGAGCUGGGCAGGUUGUGAACCAGAUGAAUAAGAAGCUGCAGACAGGCUUUACCGAGUCAGAAGUCCUACAAAUCUUCUGCGAUACCUGCGAAGCUGUCGCACGGUUACAUCAGUGUAAGACUCCCAUAAUCCACCGGGAUCUGAAGGUAGAAAAUAUUUUGCUAAAUGAUGCUGGAAAUUAUGUGCUUUGUGACUUUGGCAGUGCCACUAAUAAAUUUCUCAAUCCUCAAAAAGAUGGAGUUAAUAUAGUAGAAGAAGAAAUUAAAAAAUACACGACUCUGUCAUAUAGAGCCCCAGAAAUGAUCAACCUUUAUGGAGGGAAACCGAUCACCACCAAGGCUGAUAUCUGGGCCCUGGGAUGUUUACUGUACAAACUUUGUUUCUUCACUCUUCCUUUUGGUGAGAGUCAGGUUGCUAUCUGUGAUGGCAGCUUCACCAUCCCAGAUAAUUCUCGAUACUCCCAUAGCGUACAUUGCUUGAUUAGGUUCAUGCUUGAACCAGACCCCGAGCACAGACCUGACAUAUUUCAAGUAUCCAAUUUUGCAUUUAAAUUCGCUAAAAAGGAUUGUCCAGUCUCCAACAUCAAUAAUUCUUUUCUCCCAUCAACUCUUCCUGAGCCGAUGACUGCUACUGAAGCUGCUGCUAGAAAAAGCCAGAUGAAAGCCAGAAUAACAGAUACCAUUGGACCAACAGAAACCUCAAUUGCACCAAGACAAAGACCAAAGGCCAAUUCCACUGCUGCCACUUCCGGUGUGCUGACGAUUCAGAGUUCAGCCACGCCUGUGAAAGUCCCUGCUCCUGGGGAAUUCAGUAACCACAGACCCAAAGGAGCAUUGAGACCUGGGUCUGAAGGCUUAAUGGUUCAGGGACCCCCUCAGCAACCCACACAGCAGCAUAGAGUCCUCCAGCAGUUACAGCAGGGAGACUGGAGAUUACAGCAACUUCAUUUGCAUCGUCAUCCCCACCACCAGCAGCAGCAACAGCAACAACAGCAGCAGCAGCAGCAGCAGCAGCAGCAGCAGCAACAGCAACUACUUCAAAAUGCUUACUUGCAGCAGUAUCAGCAUGCAGUGCACCAGCAGCAGAUACUUCAGCAACAGUUUUUAAUGCACUCAGUGUAUCAGCCUCAACCUCCUGCAUCCCAGUAUCCUACAAUGAUGCAGCAGUAUCAGCAGGCUUUGUUGCAGCAGCAGAUGUUAGCUCGCCAUCAGCAGCCAGCACAGCAUGUGUCACCUGAGUAUCUUACCUCCCCUCAAGAGUUCGCACCAGCCUUAGUUUCCUACGCCUCGUCACUUCCAGCUCAGGUUGGAACCAUAGUGGACUCCUCCUAUGGUGCCAACAGGUCAGCUGCUGAGAAAGAGGCAUUUGCAAAUUUUACAAAUCAGAAGACCAUCAGCCACCCUCCUGACAUGUCAGGCUGGAAUCCUUUUGGAGAAGACAAUUUUUCCAAAUUAACAGAAGAGGAACUGUUGGACAGAGAAUUUGACCUUCUAAGAUCAAACAGGCUCGGGGAGAGCACACCCUCAGAUAAGAAUGUAGACCCGCCCCCCGCUCCACAUAGCCAUCCUCCGGAGGAGCCUUUUAAAGCUUCCAUCCCUUUCAUUUCUCAUUCAGGUUCUCCUGAAAAGAAAAUGGCACAUUCUCCAAAUCAAAAGAACACCACUGCAAACCCCACCAAAAACGGAAGCUCAAUUCCAAUAUGUAAAGAUCAGCGAGCUGGAAAGAAAGCCUCAGAGAAUCCCGUAGUUAGGAGUCAAGUGCAGAAGGGACAUGAUGAUUCUGAAAGUGAUUUUGAAUCCGACCCCCCUUCUCCUAAGAGCAGUGAAGAAGAACAAGAGGAUGAAGACGCACAGGGAGAACACGGGGACUUUAAUGAUGAUGAUACUGAGCCGGAGAACCUGGGUCACAGACCUCUGCUCAUGGACUCUGAAGAUGAGGAAGAGGACGACAAACACAGCUCUGACUCGGAGUGUGAACAGGCAAAAACCAAGGGAGGAGACGUGAGCUCCCUGCACAGAGACAAACCUGGCGGUGCCCUGGACACAGCACUCCUGACCCCUGCCUGUUCGCCUGCUGAUUCGCUGACUCCCAGUCAGGAGGAGUUCGAUGUGUUUGGUGCUGUUCCCUUCUUUGCAGUGCCCGCUCCACAGCUGCAGCACAGAGGGAACGGGAAGAACCUCUCCCAGCAGACGUUUCCAGAACAGGAGGACUUUGAUGUGUUCACAAAAGCACCCUUCAACAAGAAGGUCAAUGUACAGGACUGGCCCGCAGUGAGGCCAGACACUCGUCCUCUGCCUGCACGGCCCAGAAGUGUAGAUAUAUUUGGCUCCACUCCUUUUCAGCCAUUUUCCACAUCAGCUAGUAAAAGUGAAAGCAAGGAGGAUGUUUUUGGGCUCGUGCCCUUUGAGGAAAUAACCGGGAGUCAGCAGCAGCAAAAAGUCAAGCAGCGCAGCUUGCAGAAACUGUCCUCUCGCCAGAGACGCACAAAGCAGGAUGUGUCCAAAAGCAAUGGGAAGCGCCAUCAUGGCACACCCACCAGCUCAAAGAAGACGCUGAAGCCUCCCUACCGCACACCCGAGAGGACCCGCAGACACAAGAAGGUGGGCCGCAGAGACUCACAGAGCAGCAAUGAGUUCUUAACCAUUUCAGACUCCAAGGAGAACAUCAGCAUUGCGCUGACUGAUGGCAAAGACAGAGCCAGUGUGCUGCAACCUGAUGAGAGUCUGCUGGACCCUUUUGGUGCCAAGCCUUUUCAUCCUCCAGACUUGUGGCACCAGUCCCAUCAGGGCCUAAGCGACAUCUGUGUUGAUCACAACACCAUUUUGCCUGGGAGGCCACGACAGAAUUCAGUACAUGGGUCAUUCCACAGCGCAGAUGCAUUGAGAAUGGAUGACUUUGGCGCCGUGCCCUUUACAGAACUUGUGGUGCAAAGCAUCACUCCACAACAGUCCCAGCCGGUCGAGUUAGACCCCUUUGGUGCUGCUCCAUUUCCUUCUAAACAGUAGAUACUUCAGGUCAACUCAGCAAUAACUCCUGUUUCAAAAAAGUAUGAAUAGUUUUAUGAAUCUGGAAGAAAAUGUAUUUGUAUAGUUGUUUAUAUCAUUCACUCUCACAGGUUAAUCAGGAUAGGUGAUUUUUAAAUAAACCAAAUGGAAUUAUUUGUACAGGGUAGUAAGUGGAUGCCUUCUUCAUGCAGGAGGAGGCCUAAAUCGAAAGCUCCAAGGGCUUUUGCUACUGACAGCUCAGAGGUUCACUUGUGGGGCAUCCUGGGAAAGCUGGGGGGCAGGAAAGCUUGGCGCUUUGGAUAUCAAAAUGUCACCUAGGUGCAUACCCCGGAUCCAGCAUUGAAGCCAGGCUGACUGAACGUUUCCCCCUAUGAGGAAACAGCCUAGAGUAUGCUCUUCAUACACUUCUCUGUAAGGUAGAGCCAGAAGAAACUGACUAUCGUGCCUAAAAAACACUGUUGCAUUUAAAAAAAACAAGUGCCAUUAAUAAUGGACUCUGCAAUGAUAAGUAUAUGAAAUAAUGUAUAUAUUACUCACUUUAGCCCUCCUCCAGUAUAUGAUAUGUAUAUGAUAAUAUAUUAUGCAGUUUUUAAUCUGUCAAAAAUAAAUUUUUACAAUGUAGAAUGCCUAAACAAAAAUAUAAAGAGAAACAUCUGGCAUUUGAAAAAAAUGUAAAAGAAUGAUACAUCAAAAAAGAAAAGCAGCAUUUGGUACUUCAGAAAUACUUUGUUUUUGAAUGGGUAUUUGCCAAAACCUUUAUCAUUAUGUCCCUACUCAAGUACAUUGGUAUAGAAGUGGGGGGGCAGGCUAUAUAGAAAUUUAAUUUCAGAAACUUUUAAUUUUUAAAGAAGUUUACAGUGUAAAAUCAUGUUGCAUAUACUGCCCUACUUUAUGGUAGCCCCACACUCAUCCAUGACUGGGGAGUCCUGGGCUGCAGUUCCUUCCUUCAGGGUUAGAGCACACAGCUCUACUACAGCGCUUGGACAGUGACAGACACUGCACUGACAGCCAGACCCUCAGUGGAUGGAAGAAACAGAGAUGGCGGGAUACGAGCUUAAUUCUGCUACCCAAUUGCAUCAAUAGUGAAAAGAACUAAGCUACCAAAUUGCCUUUUAAAAAAUGUCACCAGUCAUAAUGAGAAACUUGAAAUUUUGUAGUUGUGGUUAUUGAUACCAGUUAUCCAUCAGUUAAUGUGAAUGUACUAUCCGUGCUUCCUAUGUCUGUCUUAAGUUAUGAUUAGUCUUUAUAGAUGAGCAUUUGAAGUUUCUAGAUCAACAGCUGUUGCUAUUGAUUGCUAUAUUUUAAGUUAACUAUGUUUGCCCCCCAGUUAGUGUACCUUAAUGAGUAAUCUUAUUAAAACCUCUUAACUUGAGUGCCCCGAGAGGAUAAAUCACUUGCCUACUUUCAGAGUUCGGAACUUGGAAAGAAGCAAAAUACAUAACCAAGGCAUGGUCCUUUUGUACUACUUGUCUCCUCCUCAGUCGGGGUAGUGGGGACAGGAGCAGGCCAUACCAUGCUGCCCCGAACCCGGCUGUACCAUUUACUGUCCUGUGCCAAAGGCAGAGACUGCACCUUUUUUUCUGGCUCUCAGGUUGAUUACUCUCACUAAUGCAAACGGUGGUAGACCCUUUUAGCUACAAAAUGGAUUCAAUAAUGCUUUCUUCUUAAAGUAAUGAUGAACUGAUGUGGUCUUCUGAGUUGUGAAUAUGAAAUCAGAGUUCCACUUGCCUUUCAAUGCACUGAAUAUUUUGAAGUGAUUCACUGACAAUGGCCCCUUCGGCUUAUGCUGGACAAAUUCUUAGGAAACAACUCUGCCACAGCUUAAAAUGUUUACAUUGCCUCCGACAGCCCAGCAGGUGAUGCUCCUCUUGAGACCAGCUCAUUGGACAGAUGAUUUAAUUGGAGGUCCAAUGGCAGCUCUUUUGCAUUGCUGGUAAUGGCAUUUUCUCAAGAUGAGGAGACUCCACUUAAAUUUCAGUCUCAGCAGACACUGUCACUCCAUAGAGCCGAGCCUUAGUAGCUAAUCCCCCUACAAGAACUUGGCUUCCAUGCAGUGAGCACUUACCCGAAGGGCUGGCUCUGUUAUGGGAAGGCCCAGUUCUGGUUUAAAGAAUGUCAUUUGGGUGUGCCCUGUGCUUCUAAGUAUGCAAAGCAGUUCUAACUAAACCUGUUAGACUUGAACUUCAAAGGGAAGCCACAUUAGGAACCCAGGAGAGAGUCUGAGGCCAGAGGUGUCACCUAGAAGCUUAAACAGUGCUCUUUAACUGAAUCUUUUCUUAAAAAGUGGACCCUUUGCUUCACUUUGAUCACGUCAAAAGGUUAGUAUCACCAGAGAAUAUUUUAGGGCAUUGAAGAAAUGGAUCUUCUAAGGCACAGAGGUUGCUCAGUAUGUAGUUGGAGAAAAGGUCUGCUCCAAGCUGGGUGAAAAUGGAACCGACUAGAAUAUUAAGCAACUGAGUGCUCCUCCCCUGGGCUGUGUGUCCUGGGCAGUUAGGAAACCACUUGGCUCUCAGACCUGUGCACUUUGCAGUCAGUCCUGCCUUGUUUGACUACUCUCACCUUCCAGAUGGAAAAUACUAAGGUGGUGCCCACUCUGGUACACCUCUCCGUCGGGUUAUCCAGGUCUGCCUACUUCACGAAAGCAUUGUUAGAAGGUGUACAUGCAUUAAUAUCACUACUUAUGGGCAGUUUGGGUAUAUUUGUUUAAUACAUGUAGAAUGCCCAGUGAACUCUGUCAUUUUUUAUUUUAUUUUUAAGCAAAACUAUUCAUUAAUUUACGUCCAGUUACUGAGCUGACAGUGUACUGUGAGGAGAUGAUGUGUCUACUGAGAGAAUAACAAAUGACUGUUGGAAAAAAUUUAUACUCUGUGAUGUUUUCUACACAGAAAAAAGACACACACACCACGCCUCUCUGUUAGGAAUUAAUGUGAAAUUAAAAAGGCAGUCGUCGUUUCUUCUAGGAGCAUUCACUUCUAGUGAAGGAGUUUACAAAAGCCACUAAAAGGAAGAAGUAGAUGAAAAUACAGAGGGCUGGGUUUGGUUUAGGUUUUUAGUCUUUUUUUUUUUUUUUUUAAUUUUUAAAAUUCACAGUUCUACUUUCAGGAAAACUGAUUUUAUUACUAUGUUCUUUUUGUGACUGAGAAGUCAUCCUAUUAAUAGAAGUAGUAGCCACUUGUUCUUUCUUUUGCGGUGCCGGGAACUGAACCCAGGGCCUUGUACAUGCUAGGCAAGCGCUUUAGGGCUGAGCCACACCUCUAGCCUGGAAGAUCUUUUUUAAUUGCUGGCAAACAGCUUUAAGUGCACUUUCUUUGAUUACACUUCCAUGUUUUUGUUAAACUUGAAUUUUCUGAAGCCUUUUAUGUACCACUAAGCAAAUAACUUUAAUCUUUAAAUAAACCGGGUUUAUAUCCUUAGUCAUAUUUCUAAUUGUUAUAAAACAUACUUGCUAAAGUAACUUAAGCCCUCAAAUGUAGCUGGGAGACGUUUGAAAUAGAAUUCAGUUGCUUUCCCUGUAUCCAGUAAAGCACUAAUUUUAUUACCUUAUUGCCUUUACAUUGCCUAAUCUUGAAUUCUGUUCACUAUUUUGUUUGAGAUUUAAAGUUAUUUUCUUACUGUAUUUAUCAUACCUACUGUUUUAAUAAUCUGCCUUCUUUAAAUGCAAUAAAUCCCAAAUGGAUUACUUAUUCUUUAUAA